UUUUUUUACUUUUCAAAUUUGUUCAUUUUUCGUUGAACAUCGACUAAGUUUUCCAAGAUAACAAGUUGUGCUUUAGGCCUAUAUAUCAUGGCGAGCGGCUACUAUAACAACUAUGGAUCGAGAGGACCAUCUCGACCCCUUCCGACAGAACCACCAUACACAGUUUUUCUUGGAAAUCUCCCACAAGGCAUAGUACAGGGCGAUAUUGAUGAAAUCUUUAGUGGGUUAAAAGUGCGUAGUAUCAGACUUGUUAGAGACAGAGAAACAGACAGAUUCAAAGGUUACUGUUAUGUUGAAUUUGAUGAUCUUGAAUCUUUGAAGUCAGCUUUAGAAUUAAAUGGAGCAGAUUUUGUAGGUAACCUCAUCAGAGUUGAUGUUGCAGAAGGUCGACGCAAUGAUAGAAGUGGUGGUUUUACAAACAGAGGUAGAGGAGGUAGUGGUCCAGGAUAUGAUCGAGGUGGAAGAGGAGGAGGAGGAGGAGAACGUGGCGGUAGAUUCAAUGACCGUGGAGACCGAGGGGGUGGUCGAGGAUUCAGAGGUUUUCCAGACCGUGAAAGGGAUAGAGAUUUUGAUAGAGGAAUGAGGCGAGGAAUCGGCAGGAGCGGCCCUCCUGCCUCUCGUCCCCGAGACUUUAAGUCUCCAUCUGAAGAGUUCAGAGAACCUUCUGCAGAAGAAGCAGCACAAAGGCCACGUCUAAAACUCUUGCCUCGAAAAACAAAAGAACCAGUCAAUGCUUUAGCAGAUACUGCUUCCAGGUCAAAGAUUUUUGGUGAUGCAAAACCACGAGAUGAAAAAGUAUUUGAAGAAAAACAUAGAAAGGAAUCAGAAGGCAAUGAUGAAUAAAGCCUUCCUUAGAAAACUUUCAGUUUAGUGCUGGGAGAAGAUUCAUAUCUAUGGACUGCCUUUUUUCAGAGGUAGACAGGUGUUAUCUUUUGUGGUUAAUUUUUGUUCAGUGUGGCUUUCAUCUAAGGCUCGUGGGCCGACCUGUGUGCACAGCAGCUGUACAUAGCAUAGCUCACCCCACAUGCAUCAUGGUAUCAGAUCAGCAUUGAUUGGAAAAAAAUUUGGUCUGAAUCUAUAAUGCUGCAUUCUUUGUUAUAAUAAGCUUUGUUUUUAAAUGUCUUAGUUUACUGAGUGACGUCCAUUGUAGUUUUGAUGUAAUAAAUAUUAUUUUGUACUGUGAUGUUUGGAAUCAGCUACAUCAAGUACUUGUAUAUCUCAUGGUCCAAAUAAAAAAUUAAAUAAAAUCGGA